AUGGGAAGAGCUCCAUGCUGUGACAAAGCCAACGUUAAAAGGGGUCCUUGGUCUCCUGAAGAAGAUGAAACCCUAAAAAACUAUCUCAAGAAACAUGGCACUGGUGGCAAUUGGAUAACUCUCCCACAAAAAGCAGGCCUCAAGCGGUGUGGCAAGAGUUGUCGUCUGAGAUGGCUUAACUAUCUCAGGCCUCAUAUCAAGCAUGGAGGUUUCACUGAUGAGGAAGACCAAGUUAUCUGCACCCUUUAUUCAACCAUUGGAAGCAGGCAAUUACCUGGGAGAACAGACAACGAUGUGAAGAACCAUUGGAACACUAAGUUAAAGAAAAAGUUUUUGGCAGCAAACACCAAUGCCACUGCCAAUACUGUUUGUCCACAGUUCUCAACUUCCAAUACUCCUCAAUCUCAAGCUGAAGACUGCGUCUUUGAUCAUGAGAACUCAGCUGAGUUUCAAGUUUUGGGUUUGGAGCAGACCCAUAUUCCAGUUCCUUCACCAUUGCCUUUCGGAUCUAAUGUCCCAGGGCUUGGCAGCAGUUGUAGUGUACCAAUAUCCAGUGAAGUUUCAGUUCUUCUGAACUCGACAUCCUUGGUGAAACAUGAAAAUGAGACUCAAUGGUUUGGCUACCAUGACAAUGUUGAAGGUGAAAAUGAAGCACUUCUGCUUGAUUUUGUGUAUGAAGAUCUCUUGUUCGGUAAUGGAUUUGUUUCUCAAGAAAAAAGCAACCAAAUUUCCCCAUCAUUUGGCUAA